GAUAUCAGAAAAACUAUAAUGUGUGCUUAUUUUCUGAAAAUAUUUUAUAUUGUUCUCUUGCUUUCUUUGCUUGCCUCAGGAAGUACUGUUACAUUGAAAAACUCGAGUGAAAGUGGUGAAGCAAAGUGCAUAGAGAGGGAGAGGCAAGCACUCCUCAGCUUCAAAGAUAGCCUCUUAGAUGACUUUGCCAUGCUCUCCACUUGGACCGAUAAUACAGAUUGCUGCCAAUGGGAACGCAUUCAAUGCAACCAUCAAACAGGUCAUGUACAAUUACUUGAUCUUCAUGGAAACUACCUCGAUAGACCGUAUUUGAGAGGUGCAAUUAAUGUCACUUCAUUGAUCCACUUGCAAUAUAUUCAACAUCUAGAUCUCAGCCAUAAUUAUUUUGCCGGGACUUACAUCCCAGACUUCAUGGGCUUCACCAACUUAAGAUAUCUCAGUCUCUCCAAUUGUUACUUUGCGGGGAGGAUUCCUUCAAAACUCGGGGAUCUUUCACAACUACGCUAUCUAAAUCUUAGGGACAAUAUUCUUUGGGGAGAAAUUCCUAUUCAGAUUGGGAAUCUCAAACUGUUACAGUUUCUCGAUCUUGGAGGAUAUUAUCUUUCCGGAAAAAUCCCAUUUCAAAUUGGGAAUCUCAGAAAGCUACAAUAUCUCAGUAUUGGAUGUAAUUAUGGAGAGAUUACGAGCUACACCAUUUCAAAUUCUCUUUCCGGAGCAAUCCCUUUUCAAAUUGGGAAUCUUCCAUUGUUGCAUACUCUUCGGCUGGGUGGCAAUUUUGAUGUAAGAGCUAAGGAUGCACAGUGGCUGUCUUCUCUCCAUUCCUUAACCGUUCUUGACCUCACUUCAUUACGUCAUCUUGGCUCCUCUCGCCAGUUGCUACAAACUAUUAGUAAGAUCAUUCCUAACUUAACAGAGUUGAGGCUAGCUGAGUGUAAUCUUCUAGAUGUUCAUAUUCAAUCUUUGUUUCAUUCUCGUUCUUCCAACAAUUCCAUUUCUCUUACCAUCCUUGAUCUCUCUUCUAAUAUGUUGACGUCAUCAACCCUUCAACUGUUAUUUAACUUUGGCCUUCAUUUUCAAGAGCUUUAUCUCCCUCAUAAUAAUAUCUCUUUGUCACCUUCUCUGUGUCCAAAUUUUCCAUCUCUUAAGAUCCUUGACCUCUCUUAUAGUAAUCCAGCAUCAUCAAUGUCUCUAGGUAAUUCUAAUAUCAGCUCCAAACUCCAAGAGCUUCAUCUAGGCAGCAGCAGUCUGAUAGAUAGAAAUUUACUUAUUUCAUCUACUUCCACAACGAAUUCUUUGUCCUCUCUUCUCCACAUUGACCUCUCUAACAACUUGUUAAGAUCGUACUCUAUAUUUCACUGGCUUUCUAAUUUCACUACCAAUCUUCGUAUCCUUCACCUUGAUUCUAAUUUCUUGGAAGGUUCCAUUCCAGAUGAAUUUGGGAAAUCGAUGAACUCUCUUGAAUAUCUUUAUCUCUCUAACAACAAACUACAAGGAAAGGUUCCAUCUUUCUUUGGGAGCAUGUGCAGGUUACAGGGAUUAGACCUCUCAAAUAACAAGUUGAAUGGUGAAUUUCCGACCUUCAUUCAAAAUUCUUCAUGGUGCAGUAGACACAUAUUUAGGGAAUUGGACCUAUCUUAUAACCAAAUUACUGGCAAGAUACCUGAGAGCAUCAGACUGCUAUCUGGGUUAGAGGUUUUAUCGUUAGAUGGGAAUUCUUUAGAGGGUGAUGUCACUGAAUCUCAUCUUUCUAACUUUUCCAAAUUAUAUCAGUUAUUAUUGUCACACAACUCGUUGUCUUUAAAAUUUGUCUCUAGCUGGGUUCCUCCUUUUCAAUUAAUUUACUUGUAUCUUGAAUCAUGCAAACUAGGCCCGAGUUUUCCUAGUUGGCUCCAGACUCAAACUUCGUUAAUCUUUCUGCAAAUAUCUGAUUGUGGCAUUAAUGAUACCGUGCCAGAAUGGUUUUGGAACAAGUUGCAGACUAUGUACGUGUUGAAUAUGGCUGACAAUAAUCUCACUGGUUCAAUUCCUAAUAUGCAAUUGAAGCUUCAUUACAGACCAAUUAUAAAUUUAAAUUCAAACAAGUUUGAGGGAAAAGUUCCAUUAUUUUUUCUACAAGCUUCCGAGUUGUUACUCUCCUCAAAUAAUUUUUCAGAUUUAUCUUCAUUCUUAUGUGGAAACGUCACAGCUGCAAACUUGGCCACUUUAGAUUUAUCAUAUAAUCAAAUAAAGGGGCAACUUCCAGAUUGUUGGAAAUCUGCAGACCGAUUAUUGUUUCUUGAUUUAAGCAGCAACGAAUUGACAGGAAAGAUUCCUAAAUCUAUGGGCAACCUUGUUAGAUUGGAAGGUUUGGUUUUACGAAAAAAUAGUUUAAUGGGUGAAUUGCCUUCCUCUUUAAAGAAUUGCAACAAUCUAAUUAUGGUGGAUGUGAGUGAGAAUUUGUUGUCUGGUCUAAUACCAUCAUGGAUUGGAGAAAGCAUGCAACAACUGAUGAUAUUGAUCAUGCGAGGGAAUCAUUUCUCUGGAAAUCUUCCUCUUCAUCUAUGUUAUCUGAAGCGUAUUCAAUUGUUUGAUCUUUCAAGGAAUAACUUAUGUGGAGGAAUUCCAACUUGCUUAAACAAUUUUGCUGCAUUGUCUGAAAACAACAUUAACAGAACUGAAAUUGAAAGUCGUGUACAUUGGUACAAUAAUACUUACCAUGAAAUGUAUAGCAUUUUCCGUUAUAGUAAUUAUACGCUUCGCGUAACAUGGAUGUGGAAAGGUGUGGAACGCAACUUCGCAAAUCCCGAAUUGACUUUUCUUAGCAUUGAUCUCUCAUGUAACAAUUUAACAGGUAAAGUGCCAAGAGUGAUUACAUAUAUGUUCGGAUUAGUUUCUUUGAAUUUAUCAAGAAACAAUUUGAGUGGAGAAAUUCCUUCCGAGAUUGGAAAUUUACGUUCACUUGAAUCCCUUGACCUUUCAAGAAAUCAAUUCAAUGGGAGAAUUCCUUCUUCUCUUUCUCAAAUAGAUUUUCUGGAAAAAUUAGACUUGUCACACAACUCUCUUUCCGGAAGAAUCCCGUUGGGAAGACACUUGGAUACAUUUGAUGGCUCUUGUUUUGAAGGAAAUAUUGAUCUUUGUGGUGAACAAAUUAACAAGCGUUGUGCUGGAGAUCAGAUAUUAGUAAAGCCUCAAGAAGCAGAAAUCCAUGGAGAAGAUUUUGUUUUCUAUGAAGCAUUAUACAUGAGUUUGGGAAUAGGAUUUUUCACAGGCUUUUGGGGCUUAUUAGGACCAUUACUACUUUGGCAACCAUGGAGAAUUGCUUACUUGAGAUUCUUGAACACACUCAUUGACUAUCUACUUGUAAUGGGUGAACUGAACAUAGCAAAGUGUCAAAGGUGGCUCAGAGACUAACAGAAUUUGCAGUUUAUACUGAUUUGCUUCAAGACUUCGUUCUGAGAUGUAAGCAUCAUAAACUGCUGGUGGAAGUGCAAGAUUUGAGGGUUGAAGUUUGCAAUGUAUAAUAUAAGGAGUUCUAUUUUAAAGUAAGGACUUUCAAAAUCAAUCUUUGGUGAUUCUUAAUGAUUUGGAUAGUUGUAAUUGUAUAAUCUAUUUGUAAUUUUAUUCUUAAGUCAUUACUGUGAAUAUCU